UCUGUUUUGACUGUCGGCCUGAACAGACCUUUGAAGCAUGGGGUUUAACUGGACAGCACCAUUCAUUUUUGUCUUUCUUCUUUUGAGUCUAAACACAAUGGUGUUGAGUCAAAAUAACACCCGGAAAGGAAAAUUGUUUUCUAUUUUUCAGAUCAUCAAUUUUCCUAAUGAUGGCUGCGUCGGAUCUUCGUCCAGAAACGGAACUUGUUAUACAUCCGAUGAAUGCAUCACCAAAGGAGGAUCUUCAGCCGGAUCUUGUGCCCAAGGAUUUGGUGUUUGUUGCGUUUUCAGUCUGGCUUGUGGCGGAACCACCUCCGAAAACUGCACCUAUCUCGUUCAAGCGAGUACAUCCACGCCCACUGCCGAUCCGUGCACAUUUACGAUUUGCAAAUGUUCAUCAAAUAUUUGCCGAAUCAGACUGGAUUUCACGACGUUUUCCAUUGCUGGACCAACAGUAGGAACUGCUUCCAGCACUGUCAGUACCAAUGGGGGCUCUAUUGGCGAUUGUACCUCGGAUAGCUUCAGUGUCACCUCUCCGGGAAAUAAUGGAUCACCGUUGAUUUGCGGCUUCAACACGGGUCAACACAUGAUUGUGGAUUCUUCGGAUCUUUGUCACAAGGCCUCAUUUGAUUUUAGUGGAACCGCAGUAAGCCGUCAAUUCGACAUCAAGGUGACCCAAUAUGCAUGCGGAGAUGAAAUGGGAGGACCACCUGGUUGUCUACAAUAUUUUACUGGAAAUGCCGGACAAUUCGCGAGCUUCAACUUUCCGACCGGUGGGACGGCCGUCACUGCUGGUGUGACUCAUCUGUCAAACCAGUGCUACACCAUGUGCUUUCGGCAAGAGGUGGGCAAAUGUGCCAUUUGCUAUAAUACAGUGAUUGAAGGCGGUGAUGCCGAUGCUGACAUACAAGGCUCGUUCGGUCUGUCGAUCAGUUCAAAUGCUGCUGUCAAAUCCACGGUCGACCUGGGUUGCUCCCAAGAUUACCUUCAGAUCCCUGGAGGUGAAAGAGACGCUACUACCGCUAUGUUUGUUCUGGGCACGAUUCCGACCAUUGUUCAUGACCGCGUUUGUGGACGCUUCUUCGGUUUUGGUACAACCGCUGACACUGUUGGAACGAUUGAUAAUGCAGAGUCAAUUUGCAGUGCACAAAAGCCAUUUCGAGUGGUUUUCAAGACGGACUCCGAUGAAGUUUUGGGCACUGGCGCAGACCCUAUAGUUAGCGAGCAAAACCUUUCUCCGGGGGGAAUCAUUGGAUUUCACUUGAACUACGCUCUCCAAGAUUGCUAAAAAUAUGAGGGUCUUAAGCCUUGGCCAAGGAAACAGAUGAAAAUACCCGGAUUAUGUUCUAGUUAUAUAAUGUCUAUCUUUUGAAGAAAUGAACCAUGUAUAUGUGCGAAAUAAACUAAAUAUGUAACUCGA